UUUCGAAAAUAAAGAAUUCGUAUAGAUAACCUUGAAAAUUGUUCGCCAAGCUUUUGUUUUUAAAAACCUUUUAUCACAGCUUUUAUAAACAGUAUACUAAAAAUUUUUUUAUAUCAGUAAAAUUUCUGCACCCCAAUAUGCAAAAUAAUUUUCAAGGACAGAAUAUUAUCGUUAAUCAAGUUCCAGUAGGGCACAUUAUGACCCAGAAUAAUGGGAUUGUGACCAAUUCAAUUGGUCACGAAAAUCAAAUUGUACAUAACAACUUGGCAGAGAAUCAACCUAUGCAAGGUGUACAAACAGUACCACAAGGUGCUAAUGCCUCGAUAAAAGCAAUGCCAAAUUCCACAAUAAACCAUUCCGUGGAUCCCCAAGUUCAAGUUGUAACAAAACAGAGACUGCAAGAUCUUGUAAGAGAAAUUGAUUCAACUUUAAAUCUAGAAGAUGAUGUAGAAGAGCAAUUAUUGGCUUAUGUUGAUGAAUUUGUUGAUCACUGUUUGGAAGGAGCUGCAAUGAUAGCAAAACACCGCGGUUGUAGCAGCAUUGAGGUUAAAGAUGUCCAGCAAAUCCUUAACAGAAACUAUAACAUGUGGACACCUGGCUUUGGUACAGAUGAAUUGAGACCCUACAAAAGAAGUCUCACUACAGAAGCGCAUAAAAACAGAUCAACACUUAUCAGAAAAACUUUGAAGAAAUACUAAAUUAAAAACAAUUGUGUGUUAUUUUUAAAUAACUUUGAAAUAUUUUAGAUAUUAAGAAAUAAAUAAUUGUAUUUU